GCAGCUGUGCGGGGUGCUCCAUUGCCACGGAUAUGAUCAGCUAAAUACAUGCAAUGAGCUACACGCUCAGGCUGCUCGCUCAUUUAAACCUUCCCCCUAGUUUCUGAAUACGACAUCCGAACUAAACAUGUCGUACCAAACCAAUCUGUUCAUCAACGGCAAAUAUGUCCCCUCCUCCAGUGGAGAGACGUUGACCAUCCACAGCCCCAACGAUGAUUCUUUGGUCACAGACAAGAUCCAAGCUGCCAGCGAAGCCGAUGUCGAUACCGCUGUAGCAGCUGCCAAAGCUGCUUUCCCGCAAUGGCGAGAUACUGCUGGUCACAAGCGGGCCGCCAUUAUGCUGAAGUUCGCCGACCUGCUUGAGGCGAAUGUCGACAAAUUGGCUCAAUUGGAAUCUGUUGCCAUGGGUCAACCCGUUUCCGUGGCGAAGCGUAUGAUUCUUGGCCCAGUCGCUCUGUGGAGGUAUUAUGCAGGCUACUCUGGCAAGGUUGCUGGUGAAUCGUUCCCGCCUGAUGAGGACGGUACAUACAAGAUCGUGCAAUACGAGCCUCUUGGUGUUUGUGCGGGCAUCUGCGCCUGGAACGGCACGCAUGUCUUAGCUGCUUGGAAGAUGGCACCCGCAAUGGCAGCAGGCAACACUUUCGCCCUGAAGAGCAGUGAAAAGAGUCCACUUGGCACUUGUGCUUAUGGAGAUCUCCUAAACGAAGCCGGCUUCCCUCCGGGAGUGAUAAAUAUCUUGACGGGCGAUGGAAAGGUUGGAUCACUUCUCGCACAUCACAUGCAGGUCAGCAAGAUCGCCUUUACAGGAUCUGCACCAGCCGGAAGAGCAGUAAUGGCAGCAGCAGCCAAGUCCAAUUUGAAGAAAGUCAGCCUCGAAUUGGGCGGCAAGAGUCCGGCCUUGAUCUUCGAUGACGCUGAUCUUGAAAAUGCUGUAGAACAUAGUUCUACAAGUUUCUUACGAAACUCUGGGCAGAUCUGCUUCGCCGCAUCUCGCGUCUUGGUGCAAGAGAACAUUGCACCUAAAUUCAUCGAGGCGAUCAAGGUGGCCUUCGAAGGCGCAGAGAAGCAGAUGGGUGAUCCUUCUCUUGCCGAUACUGCAUUUGGACCGCUCGCCGACAAAAAGCAAUUUGAACGUGUCAUGUCGUUCCUCACAGGAGCGCGUGAAGAGGGCGUUCAGGUUUUGGUUGGAGGAGAGCGCAAAGGCGAUAAGGGCACCUUCGUCAAGCCAACAGUCUUCCUGAAUCCCGAUAUAACUUCGAAAGUUUACACCGACGAGAUUUUCGGUCCUGCCAUCUCAGUCCGCACUUUCAAGGACGAAGAUGAGGCGGUCGAACUCGCAAAUGCUACAACGUAUGGUCUAGGCUCUACGGUAUACACUUCAGACGUCGCACGAGCGUUGCGAGUCGCUGGCAAACUCGAAGCUGGCACAGUUGGCAUCAAUUCCGCUUUCAACACCAGCCCACAAACGCCCUUUGGCGGAUAUAAGCAAAGCGGAUAUGGGCGUGAAAGUGGUCCAGAGGGUCUGAAGGAGUAUCUGCAACCGAAGACGAUCCACAUCAACAUGAAUGUUCCGAAGAAGAGAUAAAAUCUCGUGACUUGGCCACCUACAGAAGUGGUAUUUGUAUUGUGUCUGCACAAUCCAAGAAAGUUGGUGAGGAAAGAGGACAUUCCGAGCAUGCGUUUGCUCAGCCAAGAUUUAUGCAUCACGAUAGGUAAAACGCAUAUACUUGACGCCUCACCAUCGGCUGCA